CCUAAAAUAACAUCUGUUUUGAAGCUUUUGUGAUUUGUUUAUUAUUUUCUUAAAAAUGAACGAAGAAAUAGACGAAAGUGAGUUUUACCAUGAGGAUUUCACCACCGCUUCCGACUGGGAGAUAUUCAUCGCCCACAUAGAAGAAAUCAUCAAUCAGUGGAAGUCUGAGGCCUGGGAUGAAUCUGAACAGAAAGACCUAAAAAAAUCGUGGUACACAAGAUCAGAAAAACUCGUUUUUAUAGACACUAAUUUCGAUUUGCUUUGGUAUAAAAAGAUACUAGAGGAAGAUGUUUCGGAAUCUAGCGAUCAAGCAACUAAACACCCACUGAAUUCAUGGCAUGAUUUCACUUUUAUUACUGAUCCGCAUAAUGAUCACAAAGACAUAUGUUUAGCAAAUUGGUAUGGAUUAAGUGAAUUUAUUGUGCUGGGUCCUGCAGGGGAUGGAGGGAAUAUCAACAAUGAAAGCAAAGUUAAAAUUUUAUUGAGUUCUGUUUGUGUUCUUAUAAGUAAUUCUAAUUUAGAUGUCCCUGUUUUUAUACAAAUCAGAGAGAAGUGGCAGAAAUUAUAUUUGGGAAUAUACGAAGCAAAUUCCAUAAGAACUAACUUUGAUAUGGUUCAUUUAAAGAAAAGUCCUCAUUACUGCCAAUACUUGAAUGGAAUUUUGGACGUGUUUAAAAGUAAAAUUAUGUCGCCUUGUACGAUCGACAAUAUUAUAGUAUCCUUCCAAGUCACGUAUGUUUUAGAAAAUUUUAGUAAUUUUGUUUGGAAGCAAGGAAAUUCCGAUCAUUUAGAUGUUGAAGAUCUGUUCAUCUUACCUUUUGGUGUGACAACUGAGCCGAUCAACUCAAUUAUUUUUAAAGCUGUGUGGAAUCAUUUAUCGGAACAUUCUUUGAUUGAUAGUGAAAGUUACACAGAUUUUCAGCCUUCUCAAGCUCCCAAAUGGUACUGUGGUGUUAAUUUGACUGAAAAUCCUGUUUCUUUGUUAGGGGAGUGUUUAAGUGAAUACAGUCAAAUUUUAACUAACAGUUCUACCGCGUACGACUUACUGGGUGACUUUGUCGUAAUGCCAAUGCCGGUGGACAAUAAUCCUUUGGAUGUUUUAACUGAACCCGCGGUGCCAACGAUUUCGAGUUUGCUGAAUCGCGCUUCUAUAACGUCUUUGAGUAAGAACAGGAAAGGGGUGCUGCCUCUGCCUGAUAGUACUUUGGUACCACUGUUGUAUUUCUUGUUUCCGGAUGCUGAUGAGAAUUCUCUGUAUUUGUACAGGGAGGAUAAAGAGCUUACACAGAGGAAAUGCAAGAUAUUUGAAAAUAUGGAUGAAGAAUUCAAGGGCUUCAAAACUUGUGCCGAAGAUUUGUUACCUUGGCGACUGGCAAUUGUUUUGUCUCAUUGUCUUCAAAGCCUUGGAGGUCUGAAAGCAUUCUGUCAGCUUUGGUACGAAUUCGUUCAGGAGAUGAGGUACCGUUGGGAAAAGUCCACCAUGAUACUCGGGUAAGUUUAUCACUUAUUA